UACGCUGACACGGCGGCGGCGGCAUUCUGUUUAUCGCGACCGGCACCGGCUUAUCUGAACGUCAAUGUCCAAAGACGGCUCCUCCGCCGACUUCGCUCAUCGUCUGGUCUUCUCCCACUCGCUGGUCGGCCUUAUCGUUUCGCCCGGCGCGUCCGUCGACACCGUUGUUCGCGAUCCGUUCGAGAAAGCCGUCUCGAGCCGCGGAAACCGACCGUUUGCCCACGUCCCCUGCACGACAUUUCGAUAGCACCAAACGUGAGUUUCCUGUAACCGUGUACGAGACGUUAUAGGACUGCGGAACCAUAUUAUAAUAUGGCACACUCGCUGCGAUUGAUCACCUACCUGGUGCCCAGCCACCCCGUCGAGAUGUACGAGUGCAUCGCCCAUUUCCUGGAAGAACAGCUGAAAGUCAGCGUGACGCUCGUCUACGAGUCCAGAGACCCAAUCGACCUGUACGGCGACGACCGUCCCGAUCCCUUUUGCCUAAAAGAAGUGGACAUAGGUUUUUUGAGCCCGACGCAGUACUUGAAGAUGAAAAGGUCGAAAAAUAUCGAAUUGCUGCCUAUUACACCCGUGUUCGUGCAUCCCAAGAACAAGGCACAGAAACCGGGAUACUUCGCGGACGUCAUUGUGCACACGGAUGUCGGGAAAACUGUCAAGUCGUUUCUGGACCUGAGGGGCUGCAAUUGGGGUUACACGGGAGACAAUUCGCUCAGCAGCAGCGUCACCAUACAGAAGUUGCUCAGGACGAACGGAGAAAACUCGUCGUUCUUCGGCAACACGAUAAAGACCGGAAAUCAUUUGUUGACUGUGGAUAAGGUGCAAGACAAACAAGUGAUCGCCGCGGCCGUCGACUCGACGGCCUUUUACAAUUACAAAAACGUUUUGCACAAGGACGCGGACGACAUAACCGUUUUGGACAGCGUCGGGGCGCUACCCCCGUACGCGAUCGUCUGCGGAAAAUACUUGAACGGAGAUCUGAAAUCCCGAAUCGUGGGCGCCCUGUUGAAAGCCACGAUUACGCGGUCGUGGAAAUUGCAGUUCGAUAGAUUCGGCCUGAUCAAAUUCGUGGAAAACUCGAAUGACGCCUACACCGAGCUAGAAUUCGACGAGCCCCUAGAUGGAAACGGUUUGUCAGCGGUCUAUUAUUGAGGAAACGUAAAUUAUUUAAUGAAAUACUUAAUGUUAUCGUCGAUAAUAGCCAUAAUAAUAUGUCUUCAGUCGAACCAACAGAUUUUUUUUCAAAUAUUAUUAUACCACUUUUUAGAGAUAUGGAGUUUAUUUAUACUACAUCUGACAUCACACAAAUAUUGUAAUAAUAUAUACUAUUAAAACUUAUACUCGUAAAUGAAAAUAUAUAAUAAUGUUAAUUCAUUUUAUUUUGUUAUUUUAUUAGUCUGUUCAUAAUAUAAAAAUUUCAAACGA